AUGAAGUCCUGCCAGUAUAUCAGUGAUACCUGUUUAGUCAAUAAGAAACUACAUAAUUGGUUGGAAGAACCAGUAAGUCAAGAAUCUGGAGUUUUUCUUUGCAUCUCUCUUUUCCACUUCAUUACCUCCCUCUCUUUUCAUAAUUGGUUGAAAGAACCAGUAGGUCAAAAAUCUAGAGUUUUUCUUGGCUUCUCUCUUGACCAUCUCGUCUCCAGCAACGAUAUCUUCUUCUCUCUUCAUAAUUGGCUGGAAGAACCAGUAGGUCAAAAAUCUGGAAUUUUUCUUAGCUUCUCUCUUCACUACUUCCGAGGUCUCUUCCUCUCCUCUCUUCAUAAUUGGUUGGAAAAACCAAUAAGUCAAAAAUCUCGAGUUCUUCUUGUCUUCUCUCUUCUCAAGGCUCGACUCAGGCACCAAGUUUUCAAUGGGAAAGCUUUCCCGCUUCAUAUACUGAGCAGCAUUGAAUUCGUAGCCGGUUGCAACUUCACCAAGCUCACGUUUUUCUGGACUUUCCUCCUUAACGGUGGUGUUCACAAGGAAAAGGGUGAUAGUUCCACUGUUGUUGAGGUAAAUUGGAGCAUUGGUUUCGUCAAUAGUCACAAUUUGGUUGACAGCACUCUUUGGGAAGGGAACUGGAAUCUUAUCAGAUGCUGCAGCAAGAGGUGCGGCGGCAGCGUAGGUUGCAAAUAA